CGAGACAGCCACGAAGGACAUGCCCGAUGCUGACAAGGCCAAGGUGGCGGGCUACCUCACCCACUCUACGGCCACGGCAGAGAAGCACUACCGGAUGAGAGAGAUAAGCUCAGCGAUAGAUGCGUGCCUGAUCCUGAGGAGACUGCGGGGUGAUUCAGAGUAAGUAUUUGUUCAUGUUGUCACUAGGAUGGUCUGGCAUGGUUACAUUUUCAACUAUUUGUAUUUUUUUUCUGUACUCAUCAUUUCUCUCAUUUCCUCUACUUGCAGUAGUGACCAGAGCGACCACACCCCUGCGGGUUCCGUGGCAUACUUGACCGACCAAGCUGCAUAUGACAAGUUGCUCCGGUCAUAUCCAGUGACGUUGGACGGGGUGCCACCCAAGAGGUCUAAGCGGGUAUCCCUGGCUGGGCAGAACGAACGCUACUGCUAUGACCGCUGGCGUAGCGAACAGCUCGAGCUUCGGGUGCAGCAUGUUCUUGAGCACUUUGCCCGUAGACUGCCCUCUGAGUCCAGAGUCAAGGCCUGGAUUGAGAAGCAAGGGUGGUCUUCCAACAUUCCAGAUGCUGCAUCCAUCGUCCAGCAGUGGAAGCCAUCUGGGGGCAUUGACGAUGCCAUGGACAGUGCUGAGCUGCAGAAGUUUUGCAGGACGCAGAGGUGGAAGGGACUUGCAGUGGCAGAUGUAGAGGGGAAGGGUAGGGGAGUUGUAGUUACAAGGCCUUUUGCCUUGGGGGAAGUUGUUUGUAACUACCACGGUAAAGUGGUGUCUAGACAGGAGGGCUUAGCGACCCAUGCAGCAACAGCAGAGCAAGAGAGUGGGUACAUGUUCUUUUUUAAUUCUGGACAGGUAGCCCGGUGUAUUGAUGCUCACGAGGAAGAGUGUCCGUGCCAUCCAGGAAUGUGCAGAUAUCUUCAGGAAUAA